CGGUAUUCGCGUACGCGUGGCCUCAAUUAUUAAAGAACGUGUCCUCGCUGUUCGAUCUCUUGGCUGAAGAUCUAUCGAGACAUCCACUUCGCCUUGUCUUGAGCUAGGAACUCCCACGGCCUGAGAAUUCGUUGUGCUCAGCCUUGACAUUCGCUUUAUAUACGGAGUCAUAUCGUAUCUUAUCACAAUGCGCUGGUGGAACGCCGUGAUUGCGGCAGCUUGUGCCAGUCAGGCAGCUGCCCAUGCAGGUUCAGAUGAUCUCCCUCAUGGCGUCCCAAAGCUUGCAGGGGCUCGAAGAUUCUUGUCAGAACUUAGAGGUAGAAGGAGGUGGGAAACGCAGCAGCAAUCUUCACAGGCAAGGGCAACAGUUGAAGGCCCGGAAGAAGAGGAACGUCAAGGACGAAACGGUCUUGAUAAACGUCAGAGAGGUGCUAGUAGAUGUGGCGCGAAUCGUGGAGAAUGUGCGGAGGGUUAUUGCUGCUCGGCCGAAGGCUACUGCGGGCAAGGAGAAGACUACUGUACUUCCCCUGACUGUCAAAUCAACUACGGGCCAGCAUGCGAUGGCAACAUACAGCCUUCUGGCGCAGACACGUCGACAAUCCCCCGCUCAAAAGUUGGCAAAGUACAAUAUGGCGGCGUGGGUAUUUACGACUGUGUAAAUAAUGGUGAUAUUGCCGUCACAUUUGAUGAUGGCCCAUGGGAUUAUACUAACGACCUUCUCGACAAACUUGCCAAAUAUGAGGCAAAAGCUACGUUUUUCAUUACUGGCAACAACCUAGGAAAGGGGCAAAUUAAUGACCCGGAUUACCCUUGGGCUACCGUCAUUCAGCGAAUGGCUGCCGAGGGCCAUCAAAUCGCGAGCCACACAUGGUCACACGAGAACUACAGCCAAUUAACCACGGCUCAGUUCAAAAACCAAAUGAUAUGGAACGAGAUUGCUUUAAACGACAUCCUCGGUUAUUUCCCUACUUACAUGCGACCCCCCUAUUCCAUCUGUCCUGCCGGUUGCCAGACACAGCUGGCUAACCUCGGAUAUCACGCUGUCUACUUUGAUCUCGACACUGAGGGAUAUCUGCACGAUGACGCAAAUGAGAUCCAAACUAGCAAAGACAUUUGGGACGAUGCGGUAGACGGAUCUAACCCGUGUGAAGAUAGCUAUCUCGAGAUCGAGCACGACAUCCACUACCAGACUGUCUACAACCUGACGGAUUACAUCCUCGAGUCCUUAUUUAGCCAUGGUUAUAGGUCGGUUACAGUGGGACAGUGCUUAGGUGAUCCUCCUGAGAACUGGUACCGCGCUGGCACAGGAACGGUCCCGGAGUAUAACUUCACCAUUCGCGCCCCAACCGGAACUUUCAGCUGCCUCACGCCCACGGCUACGUCCACCCGCCCAAGCGAACCGACGAGCACCUUGCAAGUAAGCCAAGACGGAAGAUGUGGCGACGGGGUGACUUGUGCCGGGUCGACGUACGGAAACUGUUGUUCUCUUAAUAGCUGGUGCGGUGCCUCGAUCGACUACUGCGGCUCGAACUGCCGUCCCGAAUUCGGCACCUGCUCGUCUGCGGACUCGCAGAUCCCAACGAACCUCCCCCUCCCGAGCGGUCCAGGAACUACUACUAUCCCGGAUGAUCCCCUGCCCACCACGAAUACGGCUCCUGCUCCUACUAGCACGCAAGAAGUAUCAGUCGACGGCAACUGUGGCGACGGAAUCACCUGUGAAGGUUCGGAGUUUGGAAACUGCUGUUCAGUAAACGGCUGGUGCGGAUCGACAAUUGACUACUGUGGCGAAGGCUGCCAAUCAGCGUUUGGAUCAGGAUGCCAGGGAAGCUAGCAAACUGUCAUUACUGGGUGCGCGAGACUUCGAUGAGUUGUUCGAAGGGGGAUGGUGUAAUCUAGGCCCCGAAAAGUAUAUAAAAACGAUUGAAAUUCAAAAGCAAUAGAAUGGCAGAGAACAUCGU